CCUAAAGAAAAAACAUUUGUGGGAAAACUGGUUGGAAGUUUAGUGGACAAGUUCGUACCUCGCUUUCUUCUUCUUAGUAUUUUUCCGAAAAUUUUGAGUUUUUAUAGAUUCUGUGGACACGUUGUUGAUCUUUUGCCCCUUUGUUAUGCAGAUCGCCAUUUUCGAGUGGUUUAGAUUUUAUCAACCAGAUGUUCCCGGCAGGUAAUUCUUUGUUGAUUUCGUGAUUUUAACUCUGAUAAGUGAGUUUCUCAGAAUUGGUGUUUUCUCUUAUAGAAACAUAUCUACUUGGACUUAAGCCACUAAUGCAAAAGAUUCAUCAUGAGAUGCAACGGAUUGAUGCUACCAUACUAGCUGAUGUUCGUCCACAGAGUGACUUGGGAACAACUGAGGAUCUUGAUGAUGCUACAUGUGCUGCGGAGGAACUUUCUCAAAAGAUUAACAGUGAACUUCGGCGGGUGGAUGCUACUCUACUUGCUGCUAUUCGUCAACAGCGUAACUCGGUAAAUAAAGCUAAAGAAGAUCUUGCUAAUGCUACACUUGCUGCACGGGAACUCUCUCGUAAUAUUCAAGAGAUGAAUUCUAAAGCUGAGAAAGAUGAAGCAAUGAUCCAAGAAAUAUGCGGUGACAUUAAGAAGUUAGAUUUUGCAAAGAAGAACAUAACCACCGUAAUCACUCCCCUCCAUAACCUCACAAUGCUAGGUAAGUUAUCAAUAAUCACUCCAUUCAACUAUAUCGGGUCAUGGUAUGCUGAAAUCUGAAUGAUAGCCAACAGUAUUGAACUGUAUUACAAACAAACCCUAUAUAAUUAGGGGUUCCAAGUUAGGCUACAUGAAGUUGCUUGUUAACCUAUUAGUGAAUGUAUUUAUUUUGUUUAUGUAGUAACUUAAUAUAUUUAGAAGCUCAUUAAUGACACUCACAACCACACUAUGGCAGUCUCUGCUGUUGUACAACUUCAGGGGAUGGCGUCAAAUAGGCAAUACAAGGAGGCAGCUGCGCAGCUCGAGGUACCUUUUUUUAGUUAAACAAACUUUGGCGUUUGUUGGUUACGUUUAAGUUGGUCGUAGUUCACUUGCUUUAGUUUUAUGUUCACCAUGGGAGCCCAAGUCAGUUCUUUGCCAUUUUGAAAAUCAAUUUUUGAUGUUAGGUGGAUUUUCUAGCACAUUACUCUUCUCAUUUUCUGACCCUAUCAUGUUUUUUCAGGCCGUAAACCAAUUAGUGAAUCAUUUCAAAAGGAAUUGGGAUGUUCCUAGCAUAACGGAUGUCAGAGUAAAGCUUGAGAAUAUAAAGCAAAUUCUUAAGUCUCAUGUAUUUUCUGAUUUUUCCAGGUACUGCCUUUAGUGAGUCUACCAUAUUUUACAUACUUAAGUAAGUCCACAGAGGUGGUAAAAAGAUAUUCACUGUAAUGUUCGUAUGUUUUAACUGUUGGUACUAAGGUGAUGAUUUUGCACUCUUGGUAUAUAAAUGGAGGCCUUUUUUAUUGGCUGCUCUUGUUUUGUUAAAAUAGUACUUGCAUAAUCAUAUAGACUAUUUUCUGCUUCAUGUUGUUGUAAACCACAAAUUGUCUUAAGAUGUUUCACUAAUCUCUCAAUUCCCCCUCUCGCAUCCUCU